AAAACAUUAACAUAUCUAACUAUUUACAUCAGAAUUAUUGUUAUUAUAAAACGAUCCGAUUUUGUUCAUGGACAAGCGCAUUGAGCCGCUUCGCAUGCACAUAAAGCAAACAGUAUUAUUUGAAUCAUUAUAGUGCACAGUUUAAAUCGAUAGCUGAUUUUAGAUAGUAGCAAACGGAAAACCAAAAAUGGCAGCUAUACGACCCUUGAGCGCUGAACUGCAAAAAAUUGCUAUCGAACAGCUGAACGAAGUGCCUGAACGUGUGCCACAGGACAUAGCUGCGCUACGCGAUUGGAUCGAGAAACAACCGCAUUUGCGCGCACGCACCGACGAUCAAUUCUUGGUCAACUUCCUACGCGGCUGCAAAUACAGUUUGGAGAAGGCCAAAUCAAAAAUUGAUCACUUCUAUACGAUACGUACUAUGGUGCCGCACAUGUUUGCGAAUAAUACAAUGGCAGAUCCGAAUCAUUUGUUAAUUGUGCGAUCAGGUUGCUAUGUAGCAUUACCGAAACCAUUAGGGGUUGGUGGUCCCGUCAUUGGAUUUUCACGCUAUAAAAUAAUAGACGAUUUACCAAUUACCGUUAAGGAUUUCUGUCGCUAUGUAGCUAUGAUAACGGAUAAAACGAUUGUCGCAACAGACCAGUACGUAAUAGGCGGUUAUAUGGAAAUCCUUGAUGUCAACAAAGUCGGCCUGAGUGCCAUGUCGAAAUUUGAUCCUGUCAGUGUUAAACAAUUGAGCACAUACUGCAUAAAAGGUUGCCCUAUACGUAUUAAGGGUGUACAUAUUAUAAAUGCACCCAAAGAGGGCUUGACAGCGAUCAAUAUUGUACGCAAUAUUUUUCCAGCGCACAUAAAGGAUAGGUUCUUCAUACACCGUAACAUGGAGGAACUGUACAAGUAUGUGCCCAAGGAGUGCCUUCCAAUCGAAUAUGGCGGUCAAAAUGGUUCUUUAGCGGAUAUGGCUAAGCAACAUGAAAAGGAAUUGGUAGCUUUUAAUUCUUAUUUUGAGGAAAAUGAAAAAUAUGGUAUAGAUGAAAAUUUGAGGCAGGGACAAAAAGUCGAUAUGAGUUCAAUGUUUGGGCUGGAAGGUAGCUUUCGAAAGCUGGAAUUUGAUUAAUUUGGUGGCGGAAAAUUAAAAAAUAUAAAUAAAUUAAUAAAUAAAUUAUA